CGCUCCGAGACAUCAAUGGAUCCCUCUAAUCCUGAGGAACCUUCUGAUCAAUCACAGACUGUUACUCCAGAUAGACCUCUGAGAUCUCAGAGUGCGAAGAGCUCAACAGAUCCCUCCAAUCCCAAGGAAUCAUCUUCAAUCCAUGAAGGAGAUCACACAGGAGAGAGUUCCUUGUCAUGCUCAGUGUGCGGAAAAUCAUUUAAUGAAACCAAAGCGCUUCUCCGACAUGAGAGAAACCACAAGAGUGGGCGUCCCUAUUCAUGUUCAGAGUGCGGGAAAUGUUUCAUUCAGAAGGGACACUUCCUUACACACCAGAGAAGUCACACGGGUGAGCGACCUUUCUCAUGCUCAGAGUGUGGGAAGUGUUUCAUAGAGAAAGGCAAACUGCUUAUACACCAGAGAACCCACACAGGUGAGCGUCCUUAUUCAUGUGCAGAGUGCGGGAAAUCUUUCAGUGAGAAAAAAACACUUCUUACACACCAGAGAAGUCACACGGGUGAGCGACCUUUCUCAUGCUCAGAGUGUGGGAAGUGUUUCAUAGAGAAAGGCAAACUGCUUAUACACCAGAGAACCCACACAGGUGAGCGUCCUUAUUCAUGUGCAGAGUGCGGGAAAUCUUUCAGUGAGAAAAAAACACUUCUUACACACCAGAGAAGUCACACGGGCGAGCGUCCAUAUUCAUGUCUAGAGUGUGGGAAAUGUUUUAUUCAGACAGCAGACCUUCGCAAGCACCAGAGAAGUCACACAGGUGAACGGCCUUAUUCAUGUACAGAAUGCGGGAAAAGUUUCAUCCUGAAAGGGGACCUUCGUAAACACAAGAGAAGCCACACAGGCGAGCGUCCUUAUUCAUGUUCCGAGUGCGGGAAAUGUUUCACUCUGAGAAAUGCACUCGUCAGGCACCAGAAGAUUCACACGGGCGAUCGUCCUUUCUCGUGUUCCGAUUGCGCAAAAUCUUUUAUUCAGAGAGGAGACCUCGUUAAACACCAGAGAAUUCACACGGGUGACCAGCCUUUUUCAUGUUCGGAGUGCGGGAAAGGUUUCACUGAGAAAGCAAAGCUUGUUAAACAUCAGAGAAUUCACACGGGGGAGCGGCCUUUCUCGUGUUCAGAGUGCGGGAAAGGUUUCAGUGAGAAAGCAAAGCUUGUUAAACACCAGAGAAUUCACACAGGUGAACGUCCCUUCCUAUGUUCCGAGUGUGGGAAAUACUUUGUUUCCAAAGCAAGGCUCGUUUACCACCAGAAAAGGCACACGGGAAAGUGUCCUUAUCCGUGUUCAGAGUGCAGGAAAUGUUUCGCCCAGAAAGGAGACCUUGUUAAGCACCAGAGAAUUCAUACGGGUGAGCGUCCUUACACGUGCUCAGAGUGUGGGAGAAGUUUCACCGAGAAGAAAUGCCUUAGUAAUCACGAGAAACUUCACACGGGAGAGCGUCCCUAUUCGUGUUCAGAGUGCGGUAAAGGUUGCAUCAAUAAGCAGAGACUUAAGAUCCAUCAGAUGAGGCAUACGGGUGAACGUCCCUUCCUAUGUUCCGAGUGUGGGAAAUACUUUGUUUCCAAAGCAAAACUACUUCUUCACCAGAAAAGACACACGGGCGAGUGCCCUUAUCCGUGUUCAGAGUGCAGGAAAUGUUUCGCUCAGAAAGGGGAUCUUGUUAAACACCAGAGAAUUCAUACGGGUGAGCGUCCUUAUACGUGUUCAGAGUGUGGGAAAAGCUUCACUGAGAAAAGAAGCCUUAGUAAUCACCAGAAACUUCACACGGGAGAGCGCCCCUAUUCGUGUUCGGAGUGCGGUAAACGCUUUGCUGACAAAGCAAAAGUUCUUGCGCAUCAGAAAAGACACUCGACUGAGCGUCCUUUCUCGUGUUCAGAGUGCGGGAAAACGUUUGCCGAGAAAGCAAAACUACUUCUACAUCAGAAAAGACACACAGGUGAGUGUCCUUAUCCGUGUUCAGAGUGCGGGAAAAGUUUUGUCCAGAGAGGAGACCUUCUUAAACACCAGAGGAUUCAUACGGGUGAGCGUCCUUAUACGUGUUCAGAGUGUGGGAAAAGUUUCACCGAGAAAGGAAGCCUUCAUAUACACCAGAAAAGUCACACAGGCGAGCGUCCUUACUCGUGUUCAGUAUGCGGUAGAGGUUUCAUUAUGAAAACUACGCUUGUUAUACACCAGAGAAUUCACACGGGUGAGCGCCCUUAUUCAUGUUCAGUGUGUGGAAAAUGCUUCAGGGUGAAAAAUUCGCUUGUUAGACACCAGAGAAUACACACAGGUGAGCGUCCUUUCUCAUGCCCCGAAUGCGGGAAAAGCUUCACUCAGAAGGCAGACCUUCUCACUCACCAGAGAAUUCACACGGGUGAGCGCCCUUAUUCGUGUACAACGUGCGGGAAAAGCUUUAAUGAAAAAGGCACGUUGAUUAAACACCAGAGAAGCCACACCGGCGAACGCCCUUUCCAGUGCUCGGAUUGCGGAAAAUGUUUCAUUAAGAAAGGAGACCUUGUUAACCACCAGAGAAUUCACACGGGUGAGCGUCCUUAUCCAUGUUCAGAAUGCGGGAAAUGUUUUACUCACAAGGUAAACCUUGUUAAACACCAGAGGAUUCAUACAGGUGAGCGACCUUAUUCAUGUUCAGAGUGCGGAAAAUGUUUCACAGAGAAAGGCAGCCUUGUAAUACACCAGAAAAGUCACACGGGUGAGCGUCCCCAUUCUUGUUCAGUGUGUGGGAAAGGUUUCCUUAUGAAAACUUCACUUGUUAUACACCACAGAAUCCAUACGGGUGAGCGUCCUUAUUCAUGCUCCAUGUGUGGAAAAUGUUUCAGGGUGAAAAAUUCACUUGUUAUACACCAGAGAAUUCACACUGGUGAGCGACCGUAUUCAUGUUCAGAGUGCGGGAAAAGCUUCAUUCAGAAUUCAGACCUUCUUAUUCACCAGAGAAUUCACACAGGUGAGCGCCCCUAUUCAUGUACAGUCUGCAGGAAAGGUUUUAAUGAAAGAAGCAAACUUCUGAAGCACCAGAGAAGUCACACCGGCGAGCGCCCUUUCCAAUGUCCAGAGUGUGAGAAGUGUUUCAUUCAGAAAGGAGACCUUGUGAACCACCAGCGAAUUCACACGGGCGAGCGCCCUUUCUCAUGCUCUGUGUGCGGGAAGUGUUUCUCUGCUAAAGGAAACCUUGUUAAACAUCAGAGAACCCACUUCUCGUUCGAUGGGCAUUGUGACAAUGGCCAUCAACCAGAACUAUCUGGAGAUCUGAAGAACUGGAGCCCGGAGCUUUCCACCGUUGUGUUGGCGCUUGUCCCUGAUGUUGGGCGCGAACAGAUGCCAAGGAGGGUGUUUUACGCCCAACAUCAGGCACAGGCGCCAACACAAUGGUGGAAAGCCUAUGGUUAUCUCCAGCGUGACAAUGGCCAUCAAAGAGAACUGAAGAACAAAGAAUUCUGCAACAAUGCUGAUAGCGGUGGCCGACGUCUUCUGAGUCCAAGGGAUGAAAUCUUGACGUAUUUCUGGACUGCUGGACUCAGUUCCCGUGGUUGUCUACGGCGUUUUCCAUCCUCGGCGGUUGGCGCUUCUACAGGAGGACUUGAACAGAAGAUAUCGGAAACGUCUUCCCAGAUGUUUCCAGAAAGGACCUCGAUGAUAAAAGAUGACCGCCUUGUGUCCCUACGCUCAACAUCACCGAUCACAGAGCCUCCACCUCACCGCCUGACCACAGAGGAAAACGGUGGUAAGAAGAUCCUAGAAGUCACCAAGAAGAUCCAGAUGGAGGAGUGGGGAGUGGAGACCUCGUGGAUUAUAAUACUGUUGUUAAAGAAGAAGAAGAUGAAUGUGGUGUCAUGGAGGAGUUUUCAGAAGGACAUAAGGAGCUUCAUAAGAAUGUCAAGAUGGAGCCAUCUAGGUGAGGAACCUAAAGACAUCAAACCUCAGGUUAAAGAGGAAGAAGAAGAUACAUUGGGUGAAGAACCGAAAAACUUCAAAGUUGAGAUUAAAAAGGAAGAAGAAGAGACUUAUACAGCCAAGGAAUCUUCUAGAAGCCAUAAAGUGGUCCACACCGGCGAUAGUUCACUGACAUGUUCACAGUGUGGGAAAAGUUUCAGUGAAAACAGAUCACUUAUUAGACACCAAAAAAUCCACAUAGAUGAAGGUCCCCAUUUUUGUUCCGAGUGCGGGAGAAGUUUCAUUCGGAAAGGUCACCUUCUUAACCACCAGAAAAUUCACACAGAGAAGCAGGAAGAGCGCCGUUACUCGUGUUUAGAAUGCGGGAAAUGUUUCGUUGAAAAAGCAAAACUUAUUAUCCACCAAAGACGUCACACGGGGGAGCGUCCAUUCCGAUGUCCAGAGUGUGGGAAAAGUUUUAUUGAUAAAGCAAAACUUUCCCUGCACCAGCGAUGUCACACGGGUGAGCGUCCUUAUCCAUGUUCAGAAUGCGGGAAAUGUUUCACUCACAAAGUAAACCUUGUUAAACAUCAGAGAAUUCAUACAGGUGAGCGUCCUUAUUCAUGUUCAGAGUGCGGGAAAAGAUUCACUGAGAAAGGGAGCCUUAUUAUACACCAGAAAAGUCACACGGGUGAGCGUCCUUAUUCAUGUCCAGUGUGUGGGAAAAGAUUCCUUAUGAAAACUGCUGUUGCAAUCCACCAGAGGAUUCAUACGGGUGAGCGUCCAUAUUCGUGUUCGGUGUGUGGAAAAUGUUUCAGUGUGAAAAGUUCACUUGUUGUUCACGAGAGAAUUCACACAGGUGAGCGCCCCUAUUCUUGUUCAGAGUGUGGAAAACGUUUCAUUAAGAAGGGAGACCUCCUUACACAUCAGAAACGACACACAGGGGAACUUUCUUACUCGUGUUCAGACUGUGGGAAAUGUUUCUUUAAGAAAGGAGAGCUUCUGAAACACCAGAUAAGAACUCACACGGGGGAGCGUCCUUUCGUAUGUUCAGAGUGCGGGAAAAGUUUUGCUGCGAAAGGAAGCCUUAACACACACCAGAGAACUCACACGGGCGAGCGUCCCUAUUCGUGUCCAGAGUGCGGUAAGCGUUUCAUCGAGAAGGGGAAACUCAACAAACAUCAGAGAAUUCAUACGGGCGAACGUCCUUACUCAUGCUCAGAGUGCGGGAAAAGUUUCAUUGACAAGGGCAUACUUCGUACGCACCAGAGAAUUCAUACGGGGGAGCGUCCUUAUUUAUGUUCAGAGUGCGGGAAAUGUUUCAUUGACAAGGCAGGACUUGUCGCACACCUGAGAAUUCACACACGCUAG